UCAGAUUCAGUUUGACCUCAGUCUUAACAACAACAGCGAGAGAGAGAGAGAGAGAUGUUGGUCCAUUCUCUGCUGCUGUCGAUCGCCCUCAGCUGCUGCUGCUCUGCUGAAGACCGUCCCGGUCCUCCGGUGAUUCGUCUGAACUCUGUCAUCCUGCCAAAUCAAACUGAAAGGGUCCUGACUGCUGGCUCUGCCUUCUCCCUCGGUUGCCAUGGUAACGGUUCGAUCAGUUGGUCCAGCACUGCAUUUUAUUUUGCGUACGAGGAGAAACUGCCGGACCUUGUGGAGGUGAAGAGCACAGUUCCUAGACAUACUGGAACAUACCACUGUAGGUACACCGCCCACAGUCUGGAAUAUCUGGACACCUGGAUCCACCUGUACGUCAAAGACCCAGCCGACCCCAACAGUGUGUUUGUCACUCCUCGCUGGACCCCUGCUGUCAAAGAAGGCCAGGACUUCCUUUUUAAGUGUCUGCUGACUGACCCAUCUGUCAAAAAUCUCACCCUCCAAUCAGAGGGCACCUCUGGGGACAGGGGCUGGGGCCUGCCCCAGGGCAUGAAUGUGACCUUUGACCCCCAAAAAGGAGCCCUGAUCCAAGAUGUGCGGAGGUCAUUCAAAGGAUGCUAUGUCUGUUCAGGCUGGAAGGAUGGCAGACAGUUCAGAUCCAGACCUGUCAACCUGCUGGUGGUCCCCAGGCUGCGUCAUCCUCCUUCCCUGUCUAUCAGUCAGGAUGAAUUUGUCCGUCUGGAAGGAGAAAAGUUUGAGGUCACCUGUCUGGCCAGUAACCCCUCCCACUUCUACAAUCUCACCUGGACACACCCGAAUACACAGAGACUGAGCGUGAACGUCAGCCGUAACUAUAGAAACUCCCGCCUGUACAUGAACAGCAUGCUGACCGUCUCUGCUGUCAGUCUGAAACACAGCGGAUCAUACACCUGUACAGCUGUCAACGAAGCUGGCGUCGCCACAGCAACCGCACACCUCAGAGUUCUGAAUCGUCCCUACCUGAGAAUCUACCUGCAGUCCAUGCAACAUGUUAAUGCUAACACCAGGACCACAGAGGUCAAGGAGGCCCUGCAUGCCUAUGAUAGCAGCAUGGGGAGAAGGAUGGCAAUGGAAGUGCAACAAGAGCAAGAUACUAACAUUAGCAGUGGUUCACCGGAGGUGAAUGGUGAAAUGAUUGGCCCCAAUGGAACAGAUGUGAAUAAAGCCAGCAGUGCUAACGUUAGCAGCAACAGCAAAGUGGAGGUGUAUAAAGGCCAAGAUGUGAUGCUAACAUUUGUGAUAGAGGCAUAUCCUCCAAUCAGGAACCAGAACUGGACAACACCAGCACACAUCAACAACACCAAAAAUACAGUGUACCAGGAGAGCUACACUGCUAACGGCUACAGGUCGGAGGCAAGCCUGCUGCUGCAUCGAGUCCGUCACAGUGACCGAGGUCGAUACUCAUUCCAUUUCUCAAAUUCGUUCUUUAACGGGUCACAGAAUGUUGAUCUCCGAAUCUACAGUUCUCCAAGAGUCUUGAUCAGUCUGCACAAUGACACCCUGACCUGCCUCAGCUAUGGAUAUCCACUACCCACAAUCCUCUGGUACACCUGCCCCGGGGUCCAGAACAUGUGUAGAAACGACUCCAUCUAUCACGAAUCUCAAGCUGCUGUGGCUUCACAGGGAGAGGAGGAGGAGGAGGAGGAGGAGCUGGUGAGGAAACACCUCCUCCUUUCGGCAGGUGAUGAUGUCACUGUUGAGUGUGUUGCCUACAAUGAGAUUGGACAGUCAAACGAUGUCAUCAAUCUACGUUCUAAGAGAGAACCUCCAGGGUUCUUCACUCCAGCUCUGAUUGGAGCUCUGAGCACUGCUGGUGUCCUCUUUCUGCUGCUGUGGAUUGUCCUUUACAAGUGGAGACAGAAACCCAAAUAUGAGAUUCGCUGGAAGAUCAUCGAGAGCACAGAUGGAAACAGCUACACCUUUGUUGACCCCACCCAGCUGCCAUACAAUCUCAACUGGGAGUUUCCAAGAGACAAACUCCGCCUGGGUGCUGUUUUGGGUUCGGGAGCAUUCGGGAAGGUUGUCGAGGCAACGGCGUACGGUCUGGGAACCGACAAUGUCACCAGAGUUGCUGUCAAGAUGCUCAAACCGAGCGCUCACGCAGAGGAACGUGAAGCUCUCAUGUCGGAGCUGAAGAUCCUCAGCCAUCUUGGCUACCAUGACAAUAUCGUCAACCUGCUGGGAGCCUGCACUCGAGGAGGCCCAAUGCUGAUGAUCACCGAGUACUGCAGCCAUGGCGACCUGCUCAACUUCCUGCGGGCUCACGCUCAGGACUUCAUGACAUCCAUUUUGAGUGUGGAUGAAACUGAGGGAGAGGCUUUCUAUAAGAACAUGGCUGCCCAGCACGCCAGGCUCAGGAGUGACAGUGGGAUCUCGUGCUGUUCAGAGUAUCAGGACAUGCUGCCGGUUCAGAGUCCGGGACAAAUACACCAGGGUGUGCAGAAAGACAGCCUGUCUGUAGGUGACCUCAUGAGGUUUUCCUACCAGGUGGCUCAAGGUCUGGACUUCCUGUCCACCAGGAAUUGCAUCCACAGAGACGUGGCAGCGAGGAAUGUCCUGCUGACUGAUCGCCGUGUUGCUAAGAUCUGUGACUUCGGUUUGGCUCGAGACAUUCGCAACGACGACAGCUACAUCGUGCAGGGAAACGCCCGCCUCCCAGUGAAGUGGAUGGCUCCGGAGAGCAUCUUUCAGUGUGUUUACACCGUGCAGAGCGACGUCUGGUCCUAUGGAGUCCUGCUGUGGGAGAUUUUUUCUCUGGGUAAGAGUCCUUAUCCAAACACUGCUGUGGAUACCAACUUCUACAAGAUGAUCAAAGAUGGCCGCCACAUGGCUCAGCCAGACUUUGCUCCAGCAGAGAUGUAUCAGCUGAUGAUUCUCUGCUGGAGUCUGGAGCCUACUGACAGACCAACCUUCAAAACGAUUGGUCAGCUCAUCAAAAGGCUCCUCCCCUCCACCAUCGACAUGUCACCGCGUCACAGCCACCAGGCAACGUACAGGAACAUCGUCGAGUGCAAAGAAGAAGAGGAGGAGGCUGGAGGACCAGAAACACUGAAGAUAGCAGCAGAAGAAGAAGAGCUCAGGCAGAGAGAGCAGCGCGAUGAUGAAGAGGAGGAGAAAGAGCCGAUGAUGAAGAACAUCUACCAGCUUUCCUGACUGAUCUGAACAUCUGAGAAUGAGUCGACAGAUGAAGACCAUCCUGCUCACUGCUGAAAACUUUAUGGACAAACCGUCUAGUUAAAGUCAAACCUGCCAGGUGUGAAGGCUCCUGCCUGCGAGGGUUUCUGGUAUUUUCUCUCUGUUCACAGAUACAGAGCAGGUCUCAGCAUCCGGCCUCUCCUGAGAGCAGAGAGGACGCGGCUCCCAUCAGCUUUUCACCAAGGGUUCAACCCUCGCCGGCCUGUCACUGCAUUAGAUGCCAGUCUGACGAUUGUGUCGACAACAACAAAACACACGACUGAUACGUUUGUGGUUUGGGUCUCCUCCUACGUCUACACACAGACGGGUGUGGAUCACAUGAUCCCUAAGGUGACUGCUUUACUUCCUGAGCUGAAAAAAAAUGACAAAACUUUAUGUUUGGUGAGAAAUGAAGUUUCCACAAGAACUGCAAAAAAAAAAACAGUAAAUCUGUUUGUAAAAUCCAAACAUUUCAUCUGUUUCACGCUGAACACGAACAGACACGUGAUUGUGAA